UGCGCCAGGGGAGUGUAAAGCGCUGUCCAGACUGAGAGAAUGGUCAACUUACGGUUCCUGUCUAACAACACGGUGAAGGUGGUCGGCCUGUUAUGUGCCUCUGCGUGUGCCUGGUACAUGGGAUACCUGUUUGCGGAGGUAUUGCCUGAGGAACCAUGGCAGGCAGCAGUUGGAAGCAUGCAAAGCCUAGCGCAGAAACCCGUACUGAAAGCCCCCAAUCCAAAAAGGCAGAAAUGUGACAUCUGGGUGUCCUGUGCGCCAAACCAGCUGGCAUAUCGCAUACGGACUGGCGGAGCGAAAGACAUCAUGCCUGAAGUUUGUUUGGAUGAUAACAUGCUCAUCACAGGAAAGAAUUCCAACCGAGGCAUAAACAUUGCUGUUAUUAGCUCAGAGACCUGGAAGCUCGUUGAGACGAAGACGUUUGACAUGUAUGAAGGAGAUUUUUCAGGCCCUAUGAUUGAAUACCUUAACAAGAUACCAAAAGGGGCUCUCGUCAUGGUCGCCACUCACGAUGACGCAGCUACCAAGUUGAACGACCCAGCGAAAAAAGCUUUUGAAGACCUCGGGAGCAAGGAAGUUCGAAAUCUUCGUUUCCGGUCAGCCUGGGCGUUUAUAAGCUUUAAAGGAUCUCAAAUACCGGACAACAUUGAAAAAGAAAAGAUCAACCACUCAGACGGAAGCAAGAACAGAUAUUCCGGUUGGCCGGCAGAAAUCCAGAUUGACGGCUGUCUCCCCAAACCAUAAACAAGCCCCAUUGGGUCAAGCCGGCAGGAAUCCAUCCUCUCUUCCAAUGGAGGCAGAGCAUAUGGAGCGAAUAAAAGGACCGGAUUGCCGAAGGGAACCUGCCCACCAACUACUAAUGAUUUUGAACAACUGGCUGAAACCAAUAUGGCAUUUAAUUUAUAUAAAUUUAUAGAAAGAGGCCGACGUGCUUCUGUGCCGAAUACCACCAAAUAUAUGUAUGUGCCCCCUUACGGGCUUGUUUCAUACACUCCAUUCCAUCAUCACUGGAGCCGGGAAUCAUCUCCGUGGUGACCGUUGUCCUGUUGAUUCUGAUCCGGUAGAAGAUCAGGAAACUGGUGCUCUCAAAUACAGACUGACACAACAUCCAGGGUUUUUAGGCUGUAAAUAAUGGUGUUUUGGUUAUGUUCCAUAGCACAGAGAUAAUGAUUAUUCACUAUAGGGUUUGGCUGUGGGAUUCCUAUGGUCACAUGGGGAGAGGAAGACUCUGUGUGACCCUUAAUGAUCCGGCAAAAGCGAUUGCCCAUUUCCUCCCUUGUGGUGCAUCAGUAAGGCUUAGGGAUACAUGGCGCUUCCACUGGCGCUAUUUUACCACCGUCAGACUGACAUUGGGAUUUGCACAAAGCUGUGACUUUUUUUCAUACAAAUCCCAUUACAGGGUGGUGUAUCCAUCUGUCCAAUGCCAAGCGUCAAUUCCUCCAGCCUUCAGAUUUGCUAAGUGUUGCACUACAGCUUAUUUAAAGGGGACAUUUAUUCUAAAAUAAAUAUUUUGUUAUAAUGGGUUUCCGGAUAAGGGAUCCCAUACCUCUACUAUAAAUAUAGUUACAUAAAAAUGAUAAAAAUAGGACAGAAAGAGAAAAAUAUGGGAUGGGGGCUGGGAUUAUUUUCCAAAAAGAUGCGACCCUAGCAACAAAGUUAAUGGAAAAAGUGCUUUUCUCACUGGAGAAGUCAGUAUUUUGUACUGAAAACGCCACAAAAAUGUCACUCACUGCUUAUGGGAGUCAGAACCAACAGUGCAGAGAAAGAGAUAGACAGACACUGCUUUCAAGAGCAAACUGCAUUUACCAAUAUGUUGUGGAAAGUUGUUUGGAAUUCUAAUUUCUAUCUAAUUUUAUCUUAUUUAUGUAGGGACCCAUAGGGUUAAGCUCCCCAUGGUGUUAUCCCUAUCCUUAUCUUAUCUGUGCUGUUAUAGGGCAGAGACCUCUACACUCAGAUUACAGUUAUUAGGCUACCCCCCAUAGGUUUAGCCCAGGUUGACCACUCCCCUUGGCAGACUAUAUAGUGUCUUGCACAAGGAAGUGUCUUCCUCUUUGGCUGCCGGUCUGCUACCUGAAGCAGAUCUCCAUUGAGCCUGGGUACAGAUCCGGCCCAGUAAGCCAUUAUCCAUCCAAAUUAAGUCGGGGACAGGGCCCCGUGAAUGAGGAAAAGACAGUAUAGCAGCAUAUUUCAUAGCACCCUCUAGAAGUGGUGAGUUCAGACAGAAUUAUACAGAAAGAGCAGCCAUUUGCUCCAUCCAGGAUAAUAGCAAAGGAGUAGUCUUCCUAACAGGCAUUACUGGCCUUAGAUUAGGGACACAGAAGUGCUAGGGAAAUAGGUUAGCAAAUAUGCCUUGCCCUAACCUCCAAAAGAGCAUGGGACUAUGCCGGUGAGCUUUCCUACCUAUCACGCUGUUGCUGUUCUACCUGCCCAAUCCUCUUGAUGAGAAGGGAUACACAGGGGAGCAUCAUAUUUCUGCUAUUGAUCCAUUUUACAUCAAGUGUAUAACUGCAUACUGUUCUGCAACUAUUAAGUGAGUAUUGAAAUACCCUGAAUACCUUUGUCUUGGACAAAUAAAGUAUUAUCCAGUUAUUCUGCAAGA